GUCCAGAUGGAUUACGAAGCAUUUCAAGCGGCUCACAAACCUCAACUUCAAUCGUCUGGCGUGCCGGAACAUUUAUGGCCGGAGCUGUACCGUAAGCUAUCCGACCAAGUGUUUGAUGCGGGACUGUCCUUCUCCCUGCUGGCGUUAGACUACGGAGAUGAACCUAGGGCACCAGAGGAUCCCGUGUGGACGCUGCAGGUAUCGAAGGAAGGAGGGCUAAAAGCGAACGAUACGACCGAAAUCUAUCUGAUCGAUCAUGCGUGGACAUUUCGCACGGACAAUGCACGCCAGUUGCUGAACGCUCAUCCGGAGCUGGUGAGCCGUUUGGCUGUUAUGAUGGGGCUGCAGCAGGACGAUGAUGUACCGGCGAAUGCGUACAUCCCGCGCAUCCUGCAGGACAUGUGGCGCUGGUGCAAUACGUACUCGCUGAACGCGGAUGGACUGUCGGUGGAAAACCGGAUGCCGAUUUGGUACGUAAUGGAUGAGGUGGGCAGUGCGAUACUGCACGGCGAUUCACCCAACUGUCGGGUCGUACCGUUCAUGCACAUCCCCGAAGGUGUAACGUACAGUUUGCUCUUCCCAACGGAGGACAUCGACGAAGGUGAAAAUUUGUAUCGCGAUUUCGUGGAAAGUGUGCCGACGGGUUCGAAAGAACGGGACGCACUCUUACUUCCUUGGCGCUACGAUUCGUUCGUGAAGGAAGAUUUCUCGCAAUCAGAACCGGCGCAAGAUUACUUUUUGGUGGGACAUAUCGAAGAGUCCCUCCCGGAUCCGGACGUCGCACCACCUUUGAUUGAUGGAAACCGGCCACUGAAGGUGUACUCGCAGUAUGAUCUUGUCAAUCAAUACCUCACGGACGCGUCGUACGAAAUUGUAACCGAUCCGGCCGACGCAGACAUUCUCUGGAUGACGAGCCACUUCAAGGAGUUCCGAGAGCUAAGCGAAAGCAAUCCAAAUCAAUUCGUGAACCAGUUCCCGUUCGAGAACGUAAUGACGAUCAAGGAUCUGCUGAGUAUCGUUUGCCGUAGAAUGGCCAAGGAAUUGCCUCCAUCUGUGGGUGAAGAAGCAUCACUAGCGCCCAAUCCACGAUGGCUUCCGAUAACGUACAAUUUAAAGACGGAGCUGGUCCCGUUCGUAAGUUACUUCCAGAAUCGAGCACAACGCGGCAUGGACAACCAUUGGAUUGUAAAGCCAUGGAAUUUGGCCCGUACGCUCGAUACGCACAUUACGGACAAUCUUGGGCAGAUUAUGCGGCUGCAGCAAACGGGACCGAAGAUAGCUCAGAAAUACAUCGAACAUCCGGUGCUGUUCGAACGGGCGGAACUCGAAGCAAGCGUUAAGUUUGAUGUACGCUACGUGCUGCUGCUGAAAAGCGUCGACGAGCUGUGCGCCUACGUGUACACGAACUUCUUCCUGCGCUUCGCCAACAAACCCUUCCAGCUGGACGAUUUCGAUGACUACGAGAAACACUUUACCGUCAUGAACUAUGGUCAGUAUCAGUUGCGCCACAUGAAGUGUGACGAGUUCGUGCGCUGCUGGCAGACGCAGUUCCCGAAACAUCCCUGGGACCAGAUCGAAACGGACAUCUGCGAAAUGUUGAAAGAGAUGUUGCAAGGAGCUACACGAUUAGGUCCGCCGAGUGGCAUUGGCUCCAGCGCUCAAUCACGUGCCCUUUAUGCAGUGGAUUUGAUGCUCGAGUGGACGGAGGCAGGCACCAGAAUACAGCCGAAGCUGCUGGAGGUGAACUUUACUCCCGAUUGCCAACGGGCUUGCGAAUACUAUCCGGAGUUUUACAACGAUGUGUUCAAUUUGCUGUUUCUGGAUCAGGAAAAUUUGGACGUCUUCCGGCGCAUCGUAUAGGACGAUAGAAAUGGAAUAAAGUUGCACUGGCGGGGUGUGUGCAUUGUAUAUUGGA